AUGUUGUCCUCAUUCCCAGAUUUUUCUGGCGGGGAAACUGGUGGCUGCACCACUGGACAAUAUCAAGAAUGUCAGAAAGCAAAGUUUGUUCCUGGUCAUAAUCUUGGAGGGGAAGGAUUUGACAUCACUACUCUUAAAAGGAAAAGAGCUUAUGUCAUUAGAAUGGAGGCUGCCCUGACAAAAAAUAAAACCUGUACAUUAUGCAGAAAUACUGAGAUGGGAGGUGAAGUACAGAAGUUGCCACAGGUUGUUGUGGAUUGGCGAGUUUUACCUAAGUGUGAUAUCAAACUAUCCAGCAAGCAUUAUGACUCCAGUAUGUCCCUUGUUGAGGAAACCAGCUCCAUGAUUAGCAAUGACUGGAAAGUAGGACUUGGGGUCAUGCCCCAACCUGGGAUUAAAGUAGGUGUGGCUUUGAGUGGCUCACAUUCCACACUGACCGAGUUUGCCAUGGGCACUAGCGGUAAAGACAAGUACAGUUAUGUAAGCCAAGAAGCAGCAUGCAGCAUCUAUAGUUACAGAAUAAGGGACAAACCUAGGCUUAAGGAAACAUUUCAUAACAUGUUGAAGUCACUCCCGACUACUUAUCACUCGGAAGCUAAACUCCAGUACCGUGAGCUGAUUGACAUUUAUGGCACCCACUACAUCCACAAAGUACAGUUGGGUGGGAGGGUGAAGGAGGUCACAGCCCUCAAGACUUGUAAACUCGCACUUGACAAUAUGAAAAAUGAUGAGGUAAUGGACUGUUUGGGAGUUGAAGCAAGUGCAGCCAUUGGGCCAGUUGAGAUCUCAUCUGGGUACAAAAGGUGUGAAAAACUCAAGACAAAAAAGCUACAUGGUGAAAAAUUUUCUGAAAAGUACAGAGAAAGAGUUUCUGAUAUCACAGGAGGAAGUGUCUCCACAUCUGCUGAUCUACUGUUUCCUACUGAAAAUGCAAAUAGAAAGUUUAAUAAAUGGAUAUCAUCUCUUCCUAAGCAACCUGAUAUAAUCUCCUAUUCCCUGUCUCCCCUUAGUAAGCUUGCAAACUUUAAUAAAAGAAUAAAAGUCAAUCUUAAAAUUGCUAUCACUGAGUACAUUAAAGAGAAAGCUAUUAUACAGAAGUGCCCCAGAUGUCCAAAAGGCUCAAAAUACAGCACAUCAGGUAAAUGCAACUGUGAAUGUGAUGUUACUGCUGAAGUGUCCAACAUGUGUUGCUCUAAAAAUAAGGGCAGUGCAGAGUUCACUAUGGUAAUUGAAAAAGCAAAUGAUUUAUAUGGGGAUGUUUGGGGAGAAACUGAUGGGUAUGUUGUAGUCGAUUUCCGAUCAUUGGAAGUAACAACCCUGACAAUAAAUAACAAUGAUAAUCCUGAAUGGAACUACCCUAUUGAUUUUGGCCAUGUCAACCUGCUUGAUAAACCACAGGUGAAAGUAACAGUUUAUGAUUCUGAUGGGCUUAAGAAUGACAACCUUGGUGGAUGCAGCAGACCUGUGGUGGCGACCCCAAGGCCUGUAACACAUACAUGCUAUCUAAAUCAUGGAAAAAUUAUAUUUCAGAUGAAUGUGAAAUGUGGCCCAAAUUUAGAAGGGCCUCGGUGUUCAGAAUACAAACCUUAUUCAAACCUGGAAGACGAACUGUAUGCUGAAAGAAUGCACUAUAGGGAUAUUCAAAACAAGAAGGAAACAAAUGCCCUGGAUAAACAUGUAGAGGCAGAAGGCAGCCCACAUUAUUUUAAAUUUAUAGUUUUAGAGAUUUUAGAAGGAGUAAGAGGGGUUGACAUCAAAAACAGAACUGAAAUUGCAGAACAGAGAUGGAUUCUUAGGUUAAAUGCACAUACACCACCAGGAAUUAAUGAAGCUGUCUCCUUAAAACCCCUUUUGAAAGCUUGA